CUUCAAAAUCCAUCAGAGUCGGUUUCUCUCCUAUAAUAAAACUCUUCAGAUUUUCGCCAUGUCGCUCCUCAACGAUCUAAUCAACCUCGACCUCGCCGAUACCACCGAAAAGAUCAUCGCCGAAUACGUAUGGAUCGGGGGCUCGGGGAUGGACAUGAGGAGCAAAGCCAGGACUCUUUCUGGGCCGGUUUCUGAUCCAAAAAAGUUACCAAAGUGGAAUUACGACGGAUCAAGCACGGGCCAAGCGCCUGGUGAUGACAGUGAAGUGAUUUUAUAUCCGCAGGCGAUUUUCAAGGAUCCGUUCAGGAGAGGAAAUAAUAUUCUGGUUAUGUGCGAUGCAUAUACUCCUCGAGGAGAGCCCAUCCCUACAAACAAGCGGUUCAAUGCUGAAAAGAUCUUUAGUCAUCCUGAUGUCAUAGCUGAAGAGCCAUGGUAUGGCAUCGAACAGGAAUACACUCUCCUACAAAAGGAUGUCAACUGGCCUCUUGGAUGGCCAAUUGGCGGCUUCCCAGGCCCUCAGGGCCCGUACUACUGUGGUGCUGGAGCUGAGAAGGCAUUUGGUAGAGAAAUUGUGGACUCUCACUACAAGGCAUGCCUUUAUGCUGGAAUUAACAUCAGCGGAAUAAAUGGAGAAGUUAUGCCUGGCCAGUGGGAAUUUCAAGUAGGCCCCGUGGUGGGAAUUUCUGCCGGCGAUGAGCUAUGGAUAGCUCGUUACAUCCUUGAGAGGAUUGCUGAAAUUGCAGGCGUGGUGGUAUCUUUUGACCCAAAACCAAUCAAGGGUGAUUGGAAUGGAGCUGGUGCUCACGCAAAUUACAGCACCAAGUCAAUGAGAAAAGAUGGUGGUAUUAAUGUCAUAAAGAAAGCAAUUGAGAAGCUGGGGAUGCGACACAAGGAGCAUAUUGCUGCAUACGGUGAUGGUAAUGAAAGAAGGCUAACUGGUCAGCAUGAAACUGCUGAUAUAAACAAAUUUUCAUGGGGUGUAGCAAAUCGGGGUGCUUCUGUUCGUAUCGGCCGUGAUACUGAGAAGGAUGGAAAAGGGUAUUUUGAGGACCGACGCCCAGCAUCAAACAUGGAUCCUUACGUCGUCACUUCAAUGAUUGCUGAAACCACCAUUCUCUGGAAACCUUGAGAAGCCCAAAGUCUUUAGUAUGGCUAGUAUUUGAAUAAAGUAGAAAGUUUUUAUUGGAUGUUGAAUUUUUUAUUGGAUGUUGAAUGCUACUCUUUCCGUUUUAUGAAUACUGAAAAUGUGUUAUUUUUAGUAGGUUUGAGCAUCUUACCUUCGUUCGCAUGCUCUUUCUAUAAGUUCUUCUCACUUCGCUUUGGAAACAGCAUGUUGGUGUUCUCUAUGGAUUAUUGUAACAUUUUAUGCAAAUGUGUUGGUUUCGAACA